AUGGAUUUUGAAAAGUUUCGUCGUACAGGUAAAUUAUCCGAUAUUACAGUUAUAGUAGAUAAAACUGAAUUAAAACUUCAUAAAUUUCCAUUAUUUACAAAAAGUAAUUAUUUCAAAAAAGCAAUUACAUUAACAUCAGCACCAUAUGUUAUUCGACUUGAAAAUAAUUUUCCAAGUGGUGCAGAAGUUUUCAAUCAACUUGCAGAUUAUUUCUAUUCAAUUCUAAUAGCUAUUGAUCGUAAAAAUAUCACGCACGAACAAAAAUAUGAUUUAACUAUUCCUUUAUUAUUACUUGAACGAUGUACAGGUGAAUAUCAAAUAUGGGCUAAACAAACACAUAUGGUUGAUAAAUGUCUUGAUUGUAUUAUUGAAUUAUUAAAUUAUUAUGUCGAUUUACAAAUAAAUAAAUCUGAUCGAGAAAUUAUUGUUCGUCUACCAUUUGAAUGGAUUAUUGAAUUAAUUAAAUUAUGUCCUACAGAAGGUGAUACUCUCAAACAAUUCUCGCUCGUUUGGCUUAAUUCAAUUUAUGAAAAAGCAGUAGAAUUAAAAUGUGAAAGUGAACCAACAUUAUCAUCCUAUAUCACACAAGCAAUAUUCGAUUCAACUGAUCUAGAUAAUGGUAUAGAAAAUAUUCCUGAUGAUGUUAUGACAAGAUUAUUAGAACGUCUAAGCAAGCAUAAAGAAGAACAUAUUAAAGAUUCUCAACUAUUAGCAAAAUUAUCAUCAUUAAUUGAUUCAUAUGUUGAACAAAAACAACGAAAUUCACAUGAUACUCUCUUACUAGCACUUGAUAAUCUUCUUAAAAAUGGUUGUAAUGACGAACGAGAAGAAUUACUUAAUCAAGUUAAUUUUUCCCGUAUUAAUGAAGAAACAAUUGUAGCAUGUAAAAGUAAUAAACUUAUUCCACAACAAUUAAUUACUGAUGCAACAUUGGCUUUAUGUGUUAAAUUAAGAAAACAAUUGGAACAAACUCGAAAUCGUUUACAUUUAGUUGAAAGUGAAUUAGCUAAAUCUCGAUUGACUUAUACGAAUAGUUCUAAAUCUCGAUCCCGUAAUUUUGAUUCAUCAUUUCGUCUUCCAUCUCGAUCUCGUACUACUUAUACAAAUACUUAUGAUUUACCCGAAAGUAAUUUAACUUGUAGUUAUUCAAAAUAUAAUCAUGAAGGUAAUUUUGAUUAUGCAUUACCUUCGAAAUAUCUUUCAUCAUCAAGCAGUCGAUAUGGUUCUUCUUAUAAUUAUCGUUAUUGA